CCCUGACGGCUCUGGGCGGGUCUGGGCUGCUCCAGUGUUUUGCGGCCCAGGAGCUGUGGGAGGAGCCGGCGGCCUCACCGUGGUAACCGCAGCGCCGCCGCCGCCCCGCCUUGCAGGCCUCGGGACUGUCACCGCCUUGGCUGUGAGGGUACUUUGGCCGGGUCCCCGGAAGUAGCCCCCGCAGACUCUCAGACACCCCCAUCCUCCCCACGCCGCUACCGCCGCCGCCAUGCAAGGCGAGGACGCCAGAUACCUCAAAAGGAAAGUUAAAGGGGGGAAUAUUGAUGUCCAUCCAUCAGAAAAAGCUCUCAUUGUUCAGUAUGAAGUGGAAGCUACCAUUCUUGGAGAAAUGGGGGAUCCCAUGUUGGGCGAACGAAAAGAAUGCCAAAAAAUCAUUCGUCUGAAGAGUCUCAACGCUAACACAGAUAUAACCUCUCUGGCCCGGAAAGUGGUUGAAGAAUGUAAACUCAUUCAUCCCUCAAAACUAAAUGAGGUAGAACAGCUGUUAUACUAUCUACAGAACCGCCGUGAUUCAUUGUCAGGUAAAGAAAAAAAAGAAAAAUCAAGCAAGCCUAAAGAUCCACCUCCUUUUGAAGGAAUGGAGAUUGACGAGGUAGCCAACAUUAAUGACAUGGAUGAGUACAUUGAGCUGCUCUAUGAAGAUAUUCCAGACAAGGUGCGGGGUUCUGCCUUGAUCCUACAACUGGCUCGAAAUCCCGAUAACCUGGAAGAACUACUAUUAAAUGAAACUGCCCUGGGUGCGCUAGCAAGAGUCCUGAGAGAAGACUGGAAACAAAGUGUUGAGUUAGCUACAAACAUCAUUUAUAUCUUCUUUUGCUUUUCUAGCUUUUCUCAUUUUCAUGGACUCAUCACUCAUUAUAAAAUUGGAGCACUGUGUAUGAAUAUCAUUGAUCAUGAGUUAAAAAGACAUGAGCUUUGGCAAGAAGAACUUUCUAAGAAGAAGAAAGCUGUUGAUGAAGACCUUGAAAAUCAGACGUUGAGAAAGGAUUAUGACAAAACCUUUAAAAAGUACCAGGGACUUGUGGUGAAACAAGAACAGCUAUUGAGAGUUGCGCUCUAUCUACUUUUGAAUCUUGCUGAGGACACCCGGACAGAACUGAAGAUGAGGAACAAGAACAUCGUUCACAUGCUGGUGAAGGCUCUUGAUCGGGACAACUUUGAGCUGCUCAUUCUCGUUGUGUCAUUCUUAAAGAAACUCAGUAUUUUUAUGGAGAAUAAAAACGACAUGGUAGAGAUGGAUAUUGUUGAAAAACUGGUAAAAAUGAUACCCUGUGAGCAUGAAGAUCUCCUGAAUAUCACUCUCCGGCUUUUAUUAAACCUCUCCUUUGACACGGGCCUGAGGAACAAGAUGGUACAAGUGGGACUUCUCCCAAAGCUCACUGCACUCCUGGGCAAUGAAAACUACAAACAAAUAGCAAUGUGUGUGCUUUACCAUAUAAGCAUGGAUGACCGCUUUAAAUCAAUGUUUGCAUAUACUGACUGCAUACCACAGUUAAUGAAGAUGCUCUUCGAAUGUUCAGAUGAACGAAUUGACUUGGAGUUGAUUUCUUUCUGCAUUAAUCUUGCUGCUAACAAGAGAAAUGUCCAGCUCAUCUGUGAAGGUAACGGGCUGAAGAUGCUCAUGAAAAGAGCCCUGAAGCUCAAGGACCCACUGCUGAUGAAGAUGAUCAGAAACAUCUCCCAGCAUGAUGGACCCACUAAGAAUCUGUUCAUCGAUUAUGUUGGGGACCUUGCAGCCCAGAUAUCCAGUGAUGAAGAGGAGGAGUUUGUAAUUGAGUGUUUGGGAACUCUGGCAAAUUUGACCAUCCCAGACCUAGACUGGGAGCUGGUUCUGAAGGAGUACAAGCUGGUUCCGUUCCUCAAAGAUAAGCUAAAGCCAGGUGCUGCAGAGGACGACCUUGUUUUAGAAGUGGUUAUAAUGAUUGGAACUGUGUCUAUGGAUGACUCGUGUGCCGCACUUCUAGCGAAAUCUGGGAUAAUCCCAGCACUCAUUGAACUGCUGAAUGCUCAGCAAGAGGAUGAUGAAUUUGUGUGUCAGAUAAUUUAUGUCUUCUACCAAAUGGUUUUCCAUCAGGCCACAAGAGAUGUCAUAAUCAAGGAAACGCAAGCUCCAGCAUAUCUCAUAGACCUGAUGCAUGAUAAGAAUAAUGAAAUCCGGAAAGUCUGUGAUAACACAUUAGAUAUUAUCGCAGAGUAUGAUGAAGAAUGGGCAAAGAAAAUUCAGAGUGAGAAGUUUCGCUGGCAUAACUCUCAGUGGUUGGAGAUGGUAGAGAGUCGUCAGAUGGAUGAGAGUGAGCAGUACUUGUAUGGUGAUGACCGAAUUGAACCUUAUAUCCAUGAAGGGGACAUUCUUGAAAGGCCUGACCUUUUCUACAGCUCAGAUGGACUGAUUGCCGCUGAAGGAGCCAUAAGUCCAGAUUUCUUCAAUGAUUUUCACCUCCAGAAUGGAGAUGUGGUUGGUCAGCACUCAUUUCCUGCCAGCCUAGGAAUGGAUGGCUUUGGCCAACCAGUGGGAAUUCUUGGACGUCCUGCCACCGCCUAUGGAUUCCGCCCUGAUGAACCUUACUACUACAGCUUUGGGUCUCGAUAAAGUCACCCCUUCCCAUGUGUACCCUCAGCUUAGGAGAGAUCUGUGUGGUGUGGGUUAGCCUUGAAUCUUGACUUAAUAAUGCAUGUUGGUACUCCUGUGGGGCUGUGUUUCUUAUUUCUCCAUGUUGUCAGCUGCAGGUUAACUCUGACCCUCACGUCUUCUGUUAAAAACAAUUGAUGCUGCAGUGUUCACUCAUCCAGACACAUCUUGAGGAGAGUAACAUUUCCCAUGAGACUGUUGCGAAACUACUAGCCUGGAAAAAGAGAUACUACAUUAUGUACAUUAAGUGACUAAUUUCUAUUAAAAAGUGGCAUUCGUGCAAAGGAA